UCCGCUCCCUGCGCUCGCGCGCGCCUCUCGCCUCUUUCUCCACUUCCAUCUCCUCCUCCAAGAGAGAGAAAGCCCGGUGCUUUGCCGUUUCUGCAGGCUCAGCAUCAUCUCGCCCCCUUUCCCCCCAAAGCAAAAGGAAAGGAAAGAAGAAAGAAGAAGAAAAAGCCGGCUCUAGUUUGAGCAGCCUCAGCAAGUCAAGUGCAGCGUCGGAAGGAGGAGGCGCACAAGACGACUCGGCGUUUGCUGGAGCGAUGAGAACUUUUGCCGUCCUGCUGUGCAUCGCUCUCGCCUCUUGCGCGCCCCGGGAGGACGCCUUGCAAGCGGAGAGGGACCCCCAGGGAGAUGUUGGCGUUUCUCAGCUGCUAAAGCCAGCAGAACCGCCGAAAGUUCUCAAGCUGCCGGUGAAAUUCAAUGUCCGCACUUCUAGGGACCUAGAAGACAAAGGGUGCUACCUCACUACGGGCCAAGACCAGCAUUUGGAAGACUGCAAGUUUAACGUCUCUGCUAAAAGCUUCUUCGUUAUUCAUGGAUGGGCGAUGACUGGCAUGUUUGAGAGUUGGCUGGGGAGUGUUGUGUCGGCUUUGCAGGAGCGAGAGAAGGACGCCAACGUGGUGGUGGUCGAUUGGCUCCCUCUUGCCCACCAGCUGUACACAGAUGCUGUGAACUACACCCGAGUGGUUGGGAAGGAAGUGGCCAAGCUGCUUAACUGGUUGCAGGAGAAAGAACGCUUCCAGCUCCAAAAUGUCCACCUGAUUGGCUACAGCCUGGGGGCCCACGUUGCUGGCUAUGCUGGGAACUAUGCUAUGGGGACAAUUGGCAGAAUUACAGGCUUGGAUCCAGCCGGCCCAAUGUUCGAAGGAGUUGACCCCAACCGACGCCUCUCUCCCGACGAUGCAGACUUUGUGGACGUCUUGCACACGUACACGAGGGAAACGCUGGGGGUCAGCAUUGGGAUCAAGAUGCCCGUGGGUCACAUCGACAUCUACCCGAAUGGAGGAGACGUCCAGCCAGGCUGCGGCUUGAGUGAUGUCUUGGGGUCCCUUGCCUACGGAAAUAUCGGGGAGGCUGUGAGGUGCGAACACGAACGGUCUGUGCACCUCUUUGUGGACUCCCUUGUGAACAAGGAUAAGCAGAGCUUUGCCUUCCAGUGCACGGACUCCAGCCGCUUCCGCAAGGGCAUUUGUCUGAGCUGUCGCAAGAACCGCUGCAACGGCAUUGGCUACAACGCCAAGAAAAUGAGGAACAAGAGGAACACCAAGAUGUACUUGAAGACGCGGGCCGACAUGCCUUUCAAAGUUUUCCACUACCAGAUGAAAAUGCAUGUCUUCAGCUACAAAAACAUGGGAGAAACAGAGCCUACUUUCUCUGUUACGCUACACGGCACCAGUGGGGACUCCCAGCCCCUGCCUCUGGAAGUGUUUGAGCAGAUUGGCCUGAACUAUACAAACACCUUCCUUGUCUAUACUGAAGAAGAUGUUGGCGAUGUCUUGAAGAUCAAGCUCACCUGGCAAGGAUCCACUCAGUCCUGGUACAGCUUGUGGAGAGAGCUGAAGAUGUACUGGACUCGGCCUGAGAAUUCGUCCAAGGAGCUCCAGAUCAGGCGGAUCCGUGUGAAAUCUGGCGAAACUCAGCAAAAGCUCACUUUUUGCGCAGAAGACCCCCAGAAGACCAAUAUAUCUCCUGGUGAAGAACUCUGGUUCAUAAAAUGUCGAGAUGGAUGGCUAAAGAGGAACCAAACAAGAUCAGUAUGAAGCAUGCACUGAAUUGUCCUUCUUGGAUGACGUUCUUCAUUCAUCCUAACCAGCCAACUCAACUGGAGAAGGCAACUGCAGAAGACAAGCUCUGGGUGAAAAGAUGUUGCUGCAAACUCUUUUUUAAUUUUCUUUCUUGCUAGCACUUGCAACAGUUUGCUGUUUCAAGAUGGAUGUCCUCAUUUCCAAGAACUGUGAUGACAUGGACAUUAUUUCUAGGAAAAUCGGAACACCACAUAUUUAUGGCUUCAGAGGCUACCCUUAAUAACUCCCUCCAACUCCCAAGAGCCUGUUACUAAACUUAUCCUUCUUUGGGAGAGUCCUUAGGCACCUAAACCACUUUAUCCUGAUAAUUUUUCAUGUGCAAGCUCUGCCUUUGCACCACACUUUUCUAAAGGCUGAUCUUUGCAUUUGGACCAAACAUGUGGCAAAGAGUCUUGGAGACUGUAUUAUUUCAGACUGCAGGAAUUGGGGCGCACAUUUUGUCUCCUUUCCUCAAAUCAAAAUCCGCUUGUUUGUUCAAAAGUAUAAGGGCUGGAAGACCUGUUUCUAGCACAUCUGUACCGAGUGGCAAGCUAGUUUUCAACAUGCAGGAGGAUUUAUAUGUGGGGCAGACAUUCAGACGUAUAUUCCCACUACACACACAUGCAGUGUGAAAUGGUAUAAUGGCAGGAAUGUUGUGCCAUGUGGCUUUCCUGAAUAUUCAGAUCGGCCCUGCCUAGUGCGUAAGGAAGUUGAAACGUUAAUGUGACGGACACUGUGUGUUGAUUCUCAGCCGUGGUUUUUACUAUUGUGCGGUGUUUUGUUGAGAGGGAAGCACCCAAGCUGAUCUUAAAAAUUUCAUUGUUGAGGGACUCGAAUUUCUCCAGGUGAUUGUCUACACUACCACAUGGGAAAA